GAGGAGGAGGAGGAGGAGGAGGAGGAGGAGGAGAGCGCAGCUUCCCGCAGCUGGCGAGGAGAAUGGGAGUGCGGGACGACAGACCGCCGCGGGGUGUCAAGGCCGCGGCCAAGCUCGCCCGACGCGGGGCAGGCGCCCGCCGCUUUUAAACCCGGGAGGGCGCGGCGGCGGCGGGCUGAUCGCGGCGCGCGCGCGGUGCCGGGCGGCGUCCGAAUGGAGAGGAAGGGCUCGGCGGCCGGGACCAAAGGGAACCCGAGCCCGCCGGGGGCCGGCGAGGUGCAGCGGCCGCCGCCGCCGCUGUGCGUGCCGGGCGGCGGCGGAGGGGCUCCGGCGCGGGGCCAGGCUGGGGCGGCGGCCGAGCCCGCCGAGUCCAUCCGGCGCGCGUACGAGUUCAAGAGCCAAGGCUCGCAGUGCUACAAGGACAAGAAAUUCCGCGAAGCCAUCGGCAAGUACCACCGGGCGCUGCUGGAGCUGAAGGGGCUGCUGCCCGCCCCCGGGGAGCGAGAGCGGGACUCGCGCGCGGCCUCUCCGGCCGGGGCCCCCAACCCCGGCCGCCUCUCGGAGGAGCAGAGCAGGACGGUGGAAGCCAUCGAGAUCGACUGCUACAACAGCCUGGCAGAGACAGAAGGGAUCCCAGCUGGCCUGGCGGCGGCUGCUGCUACUAUCACUCCCCAGCAGACGUGGGUCCGAUGCGGGCAGCAGCGCCAGGGUGGGCCACCCGCGCCCACGAUACGCCCAGCGACCCCGUUCUCUCUCGCAGCCUGCCUGCUCCAGGCUGAGCUGGUAAACUAUGAACGAGUCAAGGAGUAUUGCCUCAAAGUCUUGAAGAAGGAAGGGGAGAACUUCAAGGCCCUUUACCGGUCUGGUGUGGCCUUCUACCACCUUGGGGACUAUGACAAAGCACUCUACUACCUGAAAGAAGCAAGGACCCGACAGCCAACAGACACCAACGUGAUUCGGUAUAUCCAGCUGACGGAGAUGAAGCUCAGCAGAUGCUCCCAGAGAGAGAAGGAAGCCAUUUAACUACAACACCUCUCUAGACUUGCACUUGCGCCCGACCCUGGACUUGUAGGCAUCCCCUGGCAGAGAGCCCCUCCCUGGUUUCUGGUCCUUUCUCCCAACUCCUUCCACCAGCCCCUCCCCCCACCCCCGCGCCCUUCCCAUCUCUUCUUCCUGUUGCCCCUCAACUAUUGUCUACUCCCAGUGUGAAAAGAAGGAGAUGCAAAUUUGGAAUCUGGUGGGUUGCCCUGACAAUGGAGAUAUCUUCUUCUCUAGCAGGUCAUUCACUGAGAGGGACCUGACAUCUGUGGGGACAGCCAGGGAGGACUCUCACAGACCAGGAAUGCCUGGGUUUCUGACAGAGGCAGAUCCUGGCGGUUUACCGUCCCAAAGGCAGCAGGCAUGAAACCCAUGGCUGGACCCUGCACACCUUUCUGACAGACCAGAGCAUCUCAAGGCAAUUGUGACAGAUCCAGGGUUGAGACAAACACCAGGAGCACUGGUUGAGGCAGGAGAGAGACCGUGAACUUGUACACUGGAUUUCCCCACCUCUACCCCCAGUAGCCUCCGCCCCUGCCUCUCUUCCUUGUCUUGGCUUGUGCUUUCUUCUCUUGCCCUUGGGGAUCUGAGACUGUGCCAGAAUUCACAUGCCAUUGACACCCACUCUCAGUGCCCUCUGGUGACCACACAUACCAUCCUCCCAUCCCCCAGCAGACAGCUGUGACAGCAGAAGGGUAGGGUCAAGUGGGCCAAGGGUUGACCACUAAGGGGAUGUGGGGAAGGAGAGGUGACGUCCAGGGGAGAGAGCAUUGUAUAGACUGGGCGACUCAUUAAGUGUAAAUAAAAAUAAAUUAACAGGCAGAAACUCCUGUCAUUUCUGUUGGAAGCAGCCCACUCCCCCACUGUUACUCCCUCCCCCAGCGAACUCACUCAGAGCUACUUCCAGCCAGGCAGGAUGGGGCUUCCCCAAUGGCCAUUUGUUCCCUGGUCUACAGCGCUGGCUGCCUCCUCUGUGUGUGAGAGUAGGCUGGCGUGGGGAUUCUGCCCACGGGGUUGGCUUUGUGGGACUUUGUGGGACUUGUACAGCCUCUUUGAUGACAUUAGCUGGACUCAAUAUCUAGCACAGAGAAUGUGUUCAACAAAUAUUUGUUGAGUGAAUAAAUUAUGACUGCAGACUGGCUCUCCUGCCUUAAACUAAUUUUAUCCCAGCCUAGUCUCCUGAUAUCUAUGCUCUUCAUGCCAUGUUGCUUCAGUCAAAUAAGAAACAUUUCCUGAGGGCUUCUUGUUUGCCUGCCAUUGUGCAAUAUGCUGUGGGACAUAGGACAUGGUCCUAUGGAAGAGUCCAGAAAUGCUCGUGUGAGAUUAUUACCAAUGACACCUUUCAUUUAUACGAUGCUUUAAAUUUUUCAAAGCACUUUCAUGUAUCUUCCGUGUGAUUAGUGAAAGAAACAGUAUUGUACAAAUUAAAAUAUAUACAGAUGCAAUAAUGUUCAUAGUUAGCAUUUAUUAAAUGCACUAUCCUCAGCUCUUUACAUGUAUAAGCUCAUUUCUUUCAUGCAAUUACCCUAUGAGAUGGCAUUUCUAUUUGAAGGAUAAGAAAACUGAAAACCAGAAAAACUAACUAUCCCAGCCCAGCAAGUGGUUGAGCAUCAGCCUAUGAACCAAGAGGUUACGGUUCGAUUCCUAGUUAGGGCACAUGCCUGGGUUGCGGGCUCGAUCCCCAGUGUGGGGCAUUCAGGAGGGCAGCCAAUCAAUGAUUCUUUCUCAUUGAUGUUUCUAUCUCUCUCCUUCUCCCUUCCUGUCUGAAAUCAAUGGAAAAAAAACUUAUAAAAGAAAAAUGAACUGUUGCAAGGUGGCAUGGCCUUAAGUGGAAUAGCUAGGAUUCGAGCCAGGUGUGUCUGACCCCAGAGCUCUAGCUAAAACUACUCUAUAAUUAGUUUCUGCUCUACCAAGUAUAUUGAGCAGUUACAACCACUCAAGAGCAGGACCGUGUGUGUUACAUUAAAAAGUUUUGACUGUAGUACCUGAGCUGCCUCUUGUGUUUAAAAUGCCCAAAGGAAAAGAAAAAAAAAGGUCCCUAACACUAAACUCGCCAGUCGCCAGGGUGGUAAUAGGCCAGGAAAAGAGCGCUGAGCCCCACAGGUAUUUCUGCGUAUUGUUCAUCCUACUUGCUGAUGGGCCAGCAUGUGUCCAGACAACCCGCCUAGCUUUCCUCACCUCAUCCCAGCUUUGGGGAAGAGUCACAAUUACAGGCCGAGGAUGAAAGGGAGUACCAAGUUGAUGAUGGGUUAUUUGUUUAAUCCGGGGCUCCGCCACUGCAGGGUCUCAUGGCUGCUGAGGGGCCCAGGAGCCAGCAGCCCAGGGGUACUCACGUGGCUUCUCAAAGGCUUCUCACCGGGACCGGAAGAAAGUUCCAGGAAUAUCCAAGGGCCCACAGUUGCUUGCCUGUAGCUCAGCCUCUGGAGAAGGGGAAAGGAAAAGGCUGUAACAGCUGCCCCAUUCUACCCCACCCCUAACCACAGCCCUCUCCCUGCCCUCUUCCUCCAAAAUGGUUUCACGUGACCCCAAUUCAAAGCCACCCUGCAGUGUACAUAGCACAGGCAACCGUGCAAAACCCCCUGCCCCCAAGCCUCCAGUCCAGAAAAGCUCACGAGUUGGCGAACUGCUUGUUAGAAUCCGAAGGAUAAGAUGAGGUCAGAGGUGGCCUGUAGAACGAGUUCAAACUGGCAGGGUCUUCCUUUGGUCUUGCAUUCAGGAAGGACUCAGUAACUAUUCCCAACAUGGGUCACAAGAGAGGUCAAAAAGUGAGUUGCGGUGAGACCGGACAGAUGGGACUAAGGUUGUUAUCAUCCUUCCAAAGAAAAAGGUUGGAAACCAGAACUAAAUGAGCACAACCUCAUGGGACAUCCUAGUACAAGGGUACAGGCUGUCUGCUUGUCUGGUGACUUAGAUACACAUGCUUAUUGGAACUCCAUUCACUGUGACCCAACGUUAAAUGAUCCCAAAGGAAAAAGCUGCCCGGGGUAUUAGCUGAUGUCCGGGCUGAGUGGUGAAUCUUCUGUUCACUUGUCCAGCAGAGGCGUCAGGGAGCUGCUAAGCAAAAUCAGGGGUGUUCGCCUUCCCGCCCGCUUCCUUCUCCCCGCCCCUCGCGCACACAGGGCUUGCCAUGUAACUGCACGCUGUGUUUGCAGAUGUCACUGCUGAACUCUACCUGGAGCACGAAACCUGGAUCUGACCUGCUUUGUCAUCUCCUGCUUGGACUUUUGGGAUAGACUCUUUGGGAAGAAAAAUUAUACCUUUCUUGUAAUGAUUAUAAAUGUCUCACAUGUGUAUUGUGAAUUUUAAGGCGGGGGGGGGGGGGGGGGGAGACAAACUCCAACCCACAAUCCUAGUACCCAAGACAAGCAUUAUCUCCCUUUGGGAUAUAUCUUUUGGUUCUCUUUGAGAUAAAUGCACACAUGCACAUACACAGUUUGUUGUGGGGUGUUGUUGUUUUU